AUGUCAGGGGGCGUCAGAGUCCGGAGGGCACCGUCUCCUCCACCUCUUCCUCAUGCUGCACCGCAGAGCGCACGGUUUCCCCGCCCACAACACGAGCAUCUUGACGCGGAUGCACGGAGAGAAGCAGCUUCGAAAGGCUAUCAACCCACACGGAGAGGCUAUGCACCCGGAGGGCUCAACAUAACCUCCGCGGAGUGGAAACUGCUCAUACUCGUAUCCUUGAUCGCAGUGUUCGUGCGGCUAUAUCGCAUAUCGCAGCCAAACAGCGUUGUGUUCGACGAGGUUCACUUUGGCAAGUUUGCGUCAAAAUACAUCAAGUCGCAGUACUUUGUCGACGUACACCCACCACUCGCGAAACUCCUCAUCACGCUCUCGGGAUUCAUCUUCGGAUAUGAGGGCAACUUUGACUUCAAGGAUAUCGGAAAGGUGUACGAGAACGUUCCGUACGUCGCCAUGCGUAUGGUGCCUGCCCUCCUCGGUGUAGCAACUGUCCCUAUAUCAUACCUCACCCUGCGCGCUCUUGAUUGCCGUGCAACUACUGCUCUUCUCGCCUCGCUCUUCAUUACCUUCGAGAACGGUCUUAUUACCCAGUCCCGACAUAUCCUCCUCGACUCUCCACUGGUCUUCUUCACCGCCCUCACGAUCUUCCUCUGGACGUGUUUCUGCAACGAGGACAAGCACGAACCGUUCACCGACAUCUGGUGGGUGUGGCUCACCCUCUCCGGCCUCUCCCUGGGUGCCGUAGUCAGCUGCAAGUGGGUCGGCCUCUUCACCAUCGCUACUGUUGGCGUCAGCACUCUCAGGCAGCUCUGGGUACUCUUGGGCGACUUGCGCGUCACGCCUCGGCUAUUCAUGCGCCAUUUCAUGGCCCGCGCUAUUUGCUUGAUCCUGGUCCCCAUGCUGUUCUACAUGUUCAUGUUCUGGAUCCACUUCAGUAUCUUGCAAAACCCGGGUGACGGUGAUGGUUUUAUGAGCUCUGAGUUCCAGCACACGCUGAACGGCCGAGGCAUGGCUGACACCUUCGCUGACGUCGGCUUUGGUUCGAAAGUGGCCAUCCGCCAUGUUAAUACACAAGGUGGCUACCUGCACUCGCAUCCUUCUAACUAUCCUGGCGGGAGCAAGCAGCAACAGAUCACCCUCUACCCUCACCGCGACGAUAACAACAACUGGCGAAUCCUGAACGCGACCCGCGACGGCGACUCAGACCAUGACUGGGAGGGCAAGCCGCUCGUGUUCAUCGAGAGUGGGAUGAAGAUCAAGCUGAGGCACGUCGCGACGGACAAGCACCUGCACUCGCACGACCAGCGGCCGCCCGUGUCCGACGUCGACUUCCAGAACGAAGUCUCCGGCUACGGCGUACCCGGCUACGCGGGCGACGCGAACGACGACUGGAUUGUGGAGAUCGAGAAAGGCGACAAGCGUGACCGCGAGUCGAGCAAGCGCCUCAGGACACUGAGGACGCACUUUCGGUUGAAGCAUGCCAUGUCGGGGUGUUAUUUGUUCUCGCACAAGGUCAAGCUCCCGGACUGGGGCUUCGAGCAGCAGGAGGUGACGUGCAACAAGCAAGCAGUGAAGCCGAACUCGCUGUGGUACAUCGAGACGGCGGAACACCCGAUGCUCCCUGCGGACGCGCCGAAGGUCAACUACAAGCUCCCGGGUUUCUUCCGCAAGUUCCUCGAACUGCAGCAGGUGAUGUGGACGACGAAUGCCGGACUGACCGAUCGCCAUACCUUUGACUCUCGCCCUGACGCUUGGCCUCGCCUGCGUCGUGGCAUUAACUUCUGGGUCAAGGACCAUCGUCAAAUCUACCUGCUUGGCAACCCCAUGGUCUGGUGGCUCAGCACCGCCAGCAUCUUCGCCUAUGUUGUCACUCGUGGCUUCCUCGUCCUCCGUGCUCAGCGUGGGUACAGGGACUUCGAGAACACUCGAGUCGUCAAGUACGACACGCUCUGCGGCUUCCUCUUCGUAGGCUGGUCACUGCACUACAUCCCUUUUUACAUCAUGAAGCGCCAGCUCUUCCUGCACCACUACCUUCCCGCGCUCUACUUCGCCAUCCUUCUCUCGUGCGGCGUCUUUGACCUCGUCACGUCCACACUCAAGCCGCGCAUCCGCCUGCAAAUCGCCGCGGUCCUGCUGAUUGUGGUAAUCUGGAACUUCGUCUACCUCAGCCCGAUCGCGUAUGGAAAUACGUGGACGAAGAAGAAGUGCGAGAAUGCGAAGUGGGUGAAGACGUGGGACUUGGCUUGGUGCGUCAAAUUUGUAUUGACGUGCUCGCAUUACUGA